CCCCAAAUCCUCCAGCUCCAGGCAUCAGGUUCCCCAAAUCCUCCGGCUCCGGGCAGCGGCCUCCCCAAAUCCUCUGGCUCCGGGCAGCGGGCCCCCCAAAUCCUCCAGCUCCAGGCAUCAGGUUCCCCAAAUCCUCCAGCUCCAGGCAUCAGGCACCCCAAAUCCUCCAGCUCCAGGCAUCAGGUUCCGCAAGUCCUCCAGCUCUGGGCAGCGGCCCCCCCAAAUCCUCUGGCUCCAGGCAUCAGAUGCCCCAAAUCCUCUGGCUCUGAGCGUCGCCCCCCCAAAUCCUCCAGCUCCGGGCAGCAGCUGUCCCGAUCUCCCCCCGGCUCCGGGCAGAGACGUCCCACCCCUCCCCGAGCCAUGUGCACGGGGCGCUGCGCGCGGCUGGUGGGGCUGGCGCUGGUGCCCAUGGCGCUGGGGUGCAUCGUGGCCAACGUCCUGCUGAUGUUCCCCGACGGGGAGACGGGCUGGACCGAGCACCUCGCCCUGCAGGUCUGGCUGAUGGGCGGCCUGGCCGGCGGGGGGCUCAUGGUUCUCUGCCCCGGGCUCUCGGCCAUCCGCGCCGGGGGGAAGGGCUGCUGCGGAGUCGGAUGCUGCGGGAACCGGUGCCGGAUGCUGCGCUCCGUGCUCUGCUCGCUAUGGGGCAUCCUGGGGGCGUUUUACUGCCUGGUCGUGUCCGCCACCGGCCUGGCCAAGGGGCCCCUCUGCCAGGAUGCUGAGGGGAAAUGGGGGUCGCCCUUCCAGGACAUCAGUGAGAACUACCUGGCGAACCAGACGCUGUGGGAGCUGUGUGUGACCCCGCCCCGGGCGGUGCUGUGGCACGUGGUCCUGUUCUCUGUCACCCUGGGGCUCGGGGCCCUGGAGCUGGCCCUGUGCACCCUGCAGGUGGUCAACGGGCUGAUGGGCACCGUAUGCGGGGACUGCCGCAAGCUGGCUGAGCGCCAGGGCGAAGGUCUCUGAGCUGCUGAGGGACCCCGAAAACCCAGUUUCUGGGAGAUCGUUCACUCCUUGUCACCCUCCCGGCCAUCUGUCCAUCUGGGGGGCUGUGAGAUGCCUGGGCCCUUUUUGGCGGGGGCUCCAGCAAGGACCCCCCCGAGACCGCACUCACCCCCCACUGCCCCCAGCCCUCCCAGGUUGUUCCUGCCCC